AUGGCUCGAGUGACUCCGGGUGCAAUCGAACCUACAGGCCAAAUAUCGGGGGGAAUGCCUUUACGCAGGUCUCCGCCAGACGGUAUUGCCUCUGGUUUGAGGGGAGCAUAUGAAGACGGGAGGAUCGCCCCCGGACCUACGGACGCCAAGACUCGUUCCAGGUUUCUUCCUUUCUUCUUUGAAAUCUGUAUUAUCGGUUCAGCUUUUUCAAUGGCUCAGGGCCUCAUCACGUCUGGAACCCUCCCCAUCGUAACGUCGAAAAUGAAGCUAAAACUUCUCAGUUUGCGAGGAGCACGAGUCGGAAUGGAACGUGUAGGGCAUACAGCCACUACAAUAGCAACAGCACUUCUCAAAAGCACGCAAAUCGUUGAUCCUCAGAAAGCCAAAGACCCGAUGAUUGGUCAAUCAGAAUAUGUAAAUCACCAGAAGUUAUUGCAGCGCCGCGUUUUCAAAUGCCUCGCACUAUUAACGGCAUAUCCAGUCUGCCUACUGCACCAGGGACUAGACAACAAACGUUGCGUAGAUAUUGACAGACGCUGUGAAGAGGCUGCACUUCGGCUCACAGAAAUACACCCUAUCACACCACAGGAUUUGUCGCAGUCUUCGUCACAACUGAGCGAAACAUCUCAAUCUCCGAUGGAAAAGAAUGUUGAUAUCGAGCGAACCCGUUUCUUUGAGAUGUUCUCAUUAGAAAUGGAAAUGGAGUUCCGUACUUCGUGCACAAAGAACGACUCCCCGUCUUUGGCUGCUCAACGGGCCAUUACCAAGAUUCGCAUGACUCUCGAAAAUUUGGUUGAUGAAGGCCAAUUGGAUAGUUUUAGAUCCCCCAUCAUCCGUGAGAACAUCGAUGUCAUGGCUAUAUCAGGUCGCGAGUGCCUGGUAUAUUCUUACACCGAUGCAGUACCCCGUGCUUUCCUAUGGGUAUUGAAAAUUAUUGCAAAAGUGAUGUUGCUUGCAGUCCCUUUAUUCAUCAACGUUGACUGGAAGAGCUUGGCAGUGUCGAAGAGGCUCUAUUUAUGUCUUCUAAUUGGUGCUGUCGGUGCUUCUGGGCUGACGAUACUCGACGAGAUUGAUUGUAUGUGGAAGGCUUUCAAGAAAGGGAUGAAUACAUACGCAUGGUCACUUGGUAUCGCUCGAGAGAUCGACGAACUAUUGAACGAACCAAACGACAUUAUACGAAUGCAUUGGUACAAUGGAGUGCCGAACAGUAGUAUACGAGAGCACAGCUACAAUAUUGGUUAUGAUGAGGUUCAUCGUCAGGUUGGCCGAAUGGAGUCACCUUAUAAUGAGUGUUCUCCUCAAGUUAGCCAAAUGAACUCGCCGUAUGAAGAGGUUUCAACAAUGCUUUCAUUCGGAAAGGCCAAGCCUGCAGACUUCUAG